UUAAGGGAGUUUGAGUUGUCAGUAGAGGAGUGGAAGAUUGCAUCUGACCUGCAGGAGGAUGCUACAACCUUCUUCUCAUGCUCCACACCCAACCUUGCUACUGUCAUCCCCACUAUUGACCAUAUUGAUGAAAUGCUCUUGGCCCAUGAAUCCAGCUCAUCUCUGAAUAGUGCUGUACAAUCUGCACUCACUCUUGGCAAAAAAACACUUGACUGCUACUAUUCAUUGACAGACAAAUCUGAUGUGUAUCAUGUGGCCAUGAUGUUGCAUCCUCGUCAUAAACUUCAAUAUUUCAGAAUGGCCCUGUGG